AUGAGAGAGUCCUUAUCAGGUCGGCUUGAAUAUUUUGCUUUGGACAAACCAACAUGCUUAUCUGAUCUCCACCUCGGGUGGGUGACUUACGAAAAACGCUCCUUUAAGUACGUUGCUGAAAGCAUGAACUGGGCUUCCGCUGAGCGUCACUGUGUAAAUCUUGGUGCUAACUUGAUCUCAAUACACAGUGAAGAUGAGUAUCAGCUUGUCAAGGCGCUCAUCCGUGCUCACGACCCCAGUGAAAAUCCAACAUGGAUUGGCCUUAGCGACUGUCAGGAGCUUUAUCAGUGGGUCUGGUCUGAUGGAACCAAAUUCAACUACACCAAAUGGAACCCCAAUGAGCCCAACGCCUUGAAUAAGGAGUGCUGUGUGCAUAUGAACUUUGCUAAGCAGAAAAACUGGAAUGACAUUCCAUGUGAAAUUAAGUAUCCCUUCGUCUGUGUCAAGAAGCUUGCCUGA